GUGUGUGAAGGAAGUGAGGCGGCGGCAGCAGCGAGAGGCGGCUUCCCAGAUCUCACCAAACCUUCACUGUUGUCGCAGGAUGUAUUGGCGUGGACUUGUGAGUGUGGCGGUGUGCUGGGUGGUGGUGGCGGUGUCUGCCCAGCGCCAGAAUCAAGAACAGCUCAAGAUCGAGGUGCUGAGUCGAUCCGGCGUGUGCAACAGCCAGGCGGUGACUGGGGACAAGGUGCAGGUUCACUACACCGGCAGACUUGUUGAUGGCACUAUCUUUGAUCAGAGUCGACCUCGCGGGGAGCCCUUUGAAUUCCGCCUGGGAUCGGGGCAAGUGAUCAAGGGCUGGGACCGUGGCCUGGAGGGCGCCUGUGUUGGGGAGAGUCGCCGCCUCACUAUUCCACCGCACCUCGCAUAUGGCAGCAAGGGUGCAGGAGGCGUCAUCCCUCCAGACGCAACGCUGAUCUUCGAGGUGGAGCUGGUGCAGCUGCCUGACAAGGUGGUGCUGGCUGAGGAACAGCCUCUGCGUCGCCCUGAUCCCAGUCACCAGCAACCAUCGGCGCCAAGCCAGCUGGUGGUGCAGACACUGGUGCGGCCCCCAAUAUGCAGCCCUGUGACUCGCCGUGGCGACACUCUCACCGUUCACUACACUGGCCAGCUCGUAGACGCGAAGAAAUUCGACUCGAGCGUGGAUCGUGGGGAACCCUUCGUGUUCCAGCUGGGACAGGGCUCAGUUAUCCCCGGCUGGGAGGAGGGCAUGGAGGGCAUGUGUGUAGGGGAGAGCCGCCUGCUGGUGGUGCCGCCCCACCUCGCCUACGGCAAGAAGGGCGCCGGCGGUGUGAUCCCGCCAGAUGCAACACUUAUCUUCACAAUUCAACUCCUGAAUAUCAACUGAGCCUCAUUGUCUUGCUGCUGUUCGAACCUGUGCCAACAAAUGACAUUGGUAGUAAAAGCUUCAUUCUGUAUUGUUAGUGUUUCCAUUUUUCUUGAAAAGCUGCAUAAUUUGUAAAUGUAAGCGGCGAAAUUAUGGAACGAAAAGUUUCGGUUACGUUUUGCGCCAUGAAGUGCAGACAACCUUUAUUACCGGAUAUAAAUGAUCUGUUACCUUACAGAGAACAUUUUAGGAAGAUAUUGUAUUCACAUUCCUGUAUGCUCUCAUGUUACCUUCUAGAUGAUUAAAUAAUAAAAAAAAAAAAAA